AUGACUACUGUAAGGACAAUAGUUAAACAAGUAUGCACUGCUUUAUGGUCUGAAUUGAAGAGCGAAUACUUACGAGAACCUACAAAAGAAGUUUGGGAAGAUAUAGCGAGGAUAUUCCAGCAGCGAGCAAACUUUCCAAAUUGCAUAGGUGCUGUAGAUGGGAAGCACAUCAGAAUUAUUCAACCACCACGAAGUGGAUCCCUUUAUUUCAAUUACAAAAAAUAUUUUUCAAUUGUUUUACUUGCCAUUGCUGAUGCUGAUUACAAAUUUAUAUAUAUCGAUGUUGGAGCUUAUGGCAAAUGUAGCGACUCAACAAUAUUUAAAGAUUCAACGCUGUAUCAAAAGUUAAUAAACAAAACAUUGCAAAUACCAGAAAAGCAACCAAUUACGUCAAUUGAUUCCACCCUAAUGCCGUAUGUGUUUGUCGGCGAUGAAGCCUUCCCUCUUACCGAAAAUAUUAUGCGGCCUUAUCCCGGUACGAAUUUAAGCUCGGAAAAAAAAAACGUUUAA